UAAUCUCCAACCGGUUCCAUAGUCCAAAACAUCCAAAAGCCCCUCUCCCUCUCCUCUCCUCUCCUCACGUUUAAUUCCUCUCUUCUCUUCCUCUGAUUUUUUCCUCUAAUUUCUCUCUGUCCACUUUUAUUGCCAGUUGGAUUAUUUUGAUAUAAAUCUUAUUAUUCCCUAAUUAUGUUAAAAAAAGAAAUUAGUGUUGUGCUCUAUAUUUGUUUGUUUUUUUUCACACGUGGAACGAAAUCGGGGCUGGUUGUAGGACUGGGCUUUGCCCGAAAAUUUUUUCAUUGAUGGACUUUUUAUAUUCCUUCAUUCAUUUUUUGUUAUCUAAGGGCUUGAAAUAUUUUAUGGUUUGUGAAGAAUAAGGGAAGAGAGAAGUGAAAAACUCAAAAUGAUCAGGGUAAAAAGACUCAAAAUGAUCAGGGUAAAAAAGCUCAAAAUGAUCAGAGGAAAAGGACGACUUCCAACGUCUUCUCGACUUCCAAGUUUUCUCGUCUUCUCGCGAUCCCUCCAAGAAAACAACGAAAGAUUGACGGGGAUUUGAUCCGGAGAGCUGUUCAGCCAUCCCACAUCAACCAUCCCAGGAUUGACUGUUGCAGUUUUAAUUUUUGGAUCAUCUACUAGGCUAAGGGAGGAAACUUUCCAUGUCCUAUGAUAAGGUAGAAAGUCUGGCCUACAAUGGGUAGGGGAUCUUGUUCUUGCAAAUUUCCCUCAAGUUUUCACUUUAUCCAUAUACCUGACAAUAAAUCUAGUAUAUAAAGGAAAAUGAGAACCCGUAUCUCGAAGAACCUCAACUUACUUUCUGCUAGAUUCACUCAUCGUCGAUCGUCAGGACAUCCCCAAUUAAGUAUCAUCAAUGGGGGCAGCUGAUGAUGGUGAAUAUCGACAGAAGACAAAGGAUGCCGCUGAAAUCCAGAAGGAUAAAGGCUUCGGCAAGCGAUCGAGGUAUGAAAGACUUGAGCACUUUAACAGCCAACGGGAAUUGACAGCGUGGUGGGAUCGUCGACGGGCGAAGGGAGAGACUUGGAGGCUCAAUACUCGAUAUGAUGCGCGUAAGGGAGCUACAGAGUACUGGCAUUGUGCGUACAAAGAAGAUGGCAUCUACAUUUGCCCGGCUCGUCUACGAGUUGUCUUCCGCGGCCAUCGAGGAAUCUACCUCUAUGAAUCAAAGAAUCGUGAGCACGAUCAUACCUCAUUGCCACCGCCAAAAACGGGUGUCGGUGCCUCUGAAACAAUUGUGUUGGAACCCUACCCGUUGCAAACUGCUCUGAUUAUUGACAUGACUCCAAGAAUCGUCGCUCACCCACCUAAGAAGGAAAUGACUUCAACGACCACCGAACAGACAGGAAGCCGAGAAACUAAAAAUGACAAGAAGGAUUGAAAUUGGAUGAGAAGGAAGUAAAAAAUGAGGAUGAAUUGAAUAAUAUAACGUUGAGAAAUAAUUUGAUAUGUAUAUAGUCUUUCUGUUAAUUGUACAUAUGUAAAAAUGUAUUUUGUAAUAAAACUGAUAGUGACACAUUUUUUUGGUUUUUAACCUUCUAGGCCAAUAAGGGAAAAACGUUUCUAGGUCAGUAGAGGGCCCCGGGGUUUUUAGGUAAGUAGAGGGCCCCAGGGUCUUUAGGUCAGUAGAGCCC